UCUCCGGGGCGAAUCCUUCCCGACGUCACUCCUGGUGCCCCAUAAAUAGAGCGGACAGGACUCCUCUCUGCACUCAAACUCAAAACACAUAAUUUCUUCAGCGCGUGAACGACAACAGAGGAUUAAAAAUAAGCGAGUCCAUUCGGUUCCUGGAUAUUUGAACAGGACUAGUAUUACUCCUACUACCAGAAGCCACAUCACCUUUGAGCAGACCAUGACUUUGAACAAGGGAGAUAAACUGCGGAACAUGGAGAGGAGGCGAGGCAGCGUCCCCUUCCCAAUGAAUCUUCCCAACCUGCACCGGCGCAGCAUGCCCGUGGACGACCGCGACCUGCGCGCCUCAUUGCCUCCGAGUCAGGUGGACGAGCUGUCUAACCUGCUGCGCUGUACCUCCUCCUAUUCCUCCCCCGGAGAGCCACUACGGGACAGCUGCGUGUCCGACUCCUCCGACUCGGUAAUCUCGUCCGGCAGCGACGCCGAGAACCAGCUGUAUAAGGUGGUCCUGUUGGGGGAACACGGCGUGGGCAAGUCCAGCCUCGCGCGCAUCUUCGGCGGUGUGGAGGAGGCUCACGACUCUGAGGAAACAGGAAACACCUAUGACAGAUCGGUGAUGGUUGAUGAGGAGGAGGCGUCCAUUUUGUUGUACGACGUUUGGGAACAGGACAACAGUCCCUGGCUGAAAGAGCAGUGCAUGAAAAUGGGAGACGCCUACAUCAUCGUCUACUCCGUGACGGACAAGUCAAGCUUCGAGAAGGCGUCGGAGCUGCGUAUACAGCUGCGCCGGGCCCGUCAGUCGGAAAACAUACCCAUAAUCCUUGUCGGCAACAAGAGCGACCUGGUUCGAUCCAGAGAGGUGUCUAAAGAUGAGGGCAGCGCUUGCGCCGUGGUCUUCGACUGCAAGUUCAUCGAGACGUCGGCGUCGCUGCACCACAACGUGCUGGACCUGUUCCAGGGCAUCGUGCGACAGGUCCGCCUGCGACGCGACACCAAGGAGGAGAACGCGCGGCGCAUGGCCAACUGCAAGCGGCGCGAGAGCAUCAGCAAGAAGGCCAAGCGCUUCCUCGGCCGCAUGGUCGCUCGCAAGAACAAGAAGAUGGCCUUCAGACAGAAGUCCAAGUCCUGUCACGAUCUCUCUGUGCUUUGAGGGGAAGGGGAUGCAGAACUCCCCCCCCCCCCCACCUGCUGAAGACCAGAAGCUGUGUGUGUGUGUGUGUGUGUGUGUGUGUGUGUGUGUGUGUGUGUGUGUGUGUGUGUGUGUGUGUGUGUGUGUGUGUGUGUGUGUGUGUGUGUGUGUGUGUGUGUGUGUGUGUGUGUUUUAACACUAACACUUAAAGGACUAGUAUCGUUGUACAGAAAUGCAAUAUAUAUUUUUUUUUUAUUAGAAACUAAACACAAGAGCCAACAGAGGACUUGUGGGACUGAGAAUAUUCAGGCCGCGCCAAGAGGAAUAAUACGCAUGUUGUUGAUUUUUAUUUAUUAUUAUUAUUGUUAUUAUUAUGAUGAUUAUUUCAAGACAAUUAUUUUAUUCUGUGUCUGCCUUAAACGAUUUUCUGCCAUCAUAUGGUCCUUUUUUUUCUCAUGGUCUGGUAGGAUUACCUGGUAGGAAAGUGUGUGUAUAUAAACGGUAUUCUGACAGACUGUGUAAGGAAAACAUACAAGUCAUGGUGUUAUCCAAGGCACACUGUGCCAGAUCUCAAACUUGGAUUUCUGGAGUCCGUUCUACUUGAUGAGUGGUACGCAGGUUCGUACCCGGCCCAAGUCAGGAUGAGAGAGAAGUUGUGAUUGUGUUUUUUAAAGAUUGACAUGACAUGAAUAAUAACAGCAAUAAACAGAUGUUGGUUGUUUGAAGCAUACGGUUACUAUGAAAUUAUUGUUUACAUUUGUUUCUUUUGCAAUAAAAGGUAAUUAUUACUAUCCUUAUCAUCUCUCAAGUCAAGUCAAAUAUAUUGUAUUUGAAUGGCCCUUAAUCCCAGUUACAGUCUGGGAGGGCUUUGCAAGCCAUAUAUUUAUGACAUCCCACUAACUCUAGCCCCCCAAAUGGCAAGAAAAAAGUCCCUUUAUUAACAAGGAUUAUUCAGAAGGAACGCAAAGUCGGGGAUCCCUUCUUCAAGGGAUGGUUAGGAGUGGGUAAGGAGGACAAUGAGGAAUAUCAAGGUCUUUUGGAUAUGAUGAUGCUAAUCCAUGUCUAUCAGCGGCAUUCUGUAAAAGCCGGAGGCUUAUUUUAGAGUUUAGUAAACAGAAAAGUAAUCUAGAUGAUGUGAAUGUGUGGAUGAGCGUAAUGCAUCUGCUGAGGAUAACAUUGGUCUGAUUAUGGUUAUGCUUCUAAGACUAAAGAAUUUAGUUCUAGCGAUACUUUUUACAUGUUGAAUAAAAUAAAUACAGGUCACAGGACACUGUGAUGGUCGCUCGCACAAACAAGAAGAUGGCCUUCAGACAGAAGUCCAAAUCCUGUCACGAUCUCUCUGUGCUUUGAGGGGAAGGGGAUGCAGGACUCCCCCCCCCCACCUGCUGAAGACCAGAAGCUGUGUGUGUGUGUGUUUUAACACUAACACUUAAAGGACUAGUAUCGUUGUACAGAAAUGCAAUAUAAAUAUAUUUUUUAUUAGAAACUAAACACAAGAGCCAACUGAGGACUUGUGGGACUGAGAAUAUUCAGGCAGCGCCAAGAGGAAUAAUAUGCAUGUUGUUGAUUUUUAUUUAUUAUUGUUAUUAUUAUGAUGCUUAUUUCAAGACUAUUCUUUUAUUCUGUGUCUGCCUUAAAAGAUUUUCUGCCAGCAUAUGGUCCUUUUUUUCUCAUGGUCUGGUAGGAUUACCUUGAGGUCCCACUCUGUGGGAAAUUGUGUGUAUAUAAACGGUAUUCUGACAGAUUGUGUAAGGAAAACAUACAAGUCAUGGUGUUGUCCAAGGCACACUGUGGCAGAUCUCAAAGUUGGAUAUUUGUUUCCUCGGUGGCGGGACUUAUUCUUCAGAGGUCUAUAUUCAAAUGUGCCCCUUCUUACGUAGGAGGGGGUGCCGAAACUGACUCAUUCGUUUGAUAACUGUAGACAAGGUAUUUUCAGAAAUGCAAAAAAAAAAAAAUAAUGCAAAAAAGUGUUGUUUUCAUAAUAUGUCUCCUUUAAAUCUUUAAAUUGUGUUAAUUUUUGCUUUGGGCAGAUGAUUAUCAUUUCCAUUUUCCCUGCUGCAAGCCGUUUCGGGACAUCCGUCUUUUAAUUGCACCCAAGCA